GCUCCCGGCUUUCCCGUUGAGUCAACCCCCCUCCCUCCUUUCUACAACCUAAAUUCUCUGCACUUCCCUUCCGGCGACCGGCCAAUCCCGGUUCAUCCUCACCCCCUCCGGCCGCUAGAAAUUAUUAGAAAUUGUUAUUUAAAGAGUAAAAAAAAAUUUAAAAUAAUGAAAAAAAAAAAAUGGGGAGAGUGAAGAGGAGAAGAGAGGCGGUUGGUAUCUUCUUUUGAGCAUUAAUACCGACCUUUUAAGUGGGAGUCGCAGUGGUAAAAGCUAGCCCGUCCCACCUUAUUAUUUCCUUCCAUUUUUCUUCUUUAUUUUUUUUAUUUAUUUUUGAAACCGAGAUAGAAUACAAUCCAUCCACAUCCGGCGCAAUGAAGCGAGGCAAGAAGACGAAGGAAGAGGAACACCGGAUGACGAUGACGCACACAAUACCAUGGUCCACCACCAGCAGUUGAUGCGCCCGCGAUCACCGUCCGCUUAGCCGUCAUGCCCUCGCCGUUAGCCCCGUUAGUGCUUGUCUUGCUUGCGGCCGGGCUCUUCUCGCCGGCAUUAGGGCAGAACCUAACGUCGGCUGGUGAUCUCGUGGCGUUAUAUAGCUUGAGGGCCUCUCUCGGGCUUCGGGCCCGGGACUGGCCCCGCCGGACCGACCCAUGCUCGGCCUGGACCGGUGUCGGGUGCCGCGCCGGCCGGGUCGUCUCCUUAAACCUCUCCGGCCUCCGCCGCACCCGGCUCGGCCGCCUCAACCCUCGGUUUGCUGUCGACGGGCUCCAGAACCUCUCCCGGCUCGAGUCCUUCAACGCGACCGGGUUCGCCCUCCCCGGUCCCAUCCCGGACUGGUUCGGCCGCCGCCUCCCGCCGGAGUUCUCCAUCCUCGACCUUUCCGCCGCCGCCGUCUCCGGCCCCAUCCCCAACUCCCUUGGCGGAGCCACCGGCCUCGCCGUGCUGUUCCUCGCCGGCAACGCCAUCAAUGGGAGCAUCCCGCCGACCCUCGGCCAGCUUGGUAACCUCUCGGUCCUCGACCUCUCCCACAACUCGCUCUCCGGCGCCAUACCGUCAUCCCUCGCCUCCCUCUCCAACCUCUCCUACCUCGACCUUUCCUCCAAUUUCCUCACCGGUCCGAUCCCGCUCGCUCUCGGCACUCUUCCGAAGCUGAAUACUCUGAUGCUCUCCAACAACAGGCUCGCCGGAUCGGUGCCGGCCCAGCUCGGCGACCUCUCCUCGCUGAAAGCCCUCGAUCUCAGCUUCAAUUCCCUAGCCGGUGCCCUUCCUGACGAUCUCAAAAACCUCAGGAGCCUCCAAAAUUUGAACUUGGGCGACAACUCCCUCUCCGGCCUCCUCGCCAGUAGCCUGUUCUCCGGUCUCUCCCGGCUCCAGUCCGUCACGCUGAGCUACAACAACUUCUCGGGCGCCUUGCCGGACUCGCUGUGGUCAUUGUCCGAGCUGCAGGUUCUUGAUGUUACCAACAACAACCUCACCGGCACGCUCCCGGACCUCGUGCCUGCCAUCGCCAAUGCCAAUGCCAAUGCCAGUGGUUCUGUGUUCAAUCUCUCAAACAAUCUUUUUUACGGGUCAAUUUCUACUAAGUUUGACGUCGUUUUCGCAAGGUUCAGUGUGGUCAAUAUCUCUGGUAAUUACUUCCAAGGUGCAUUGCCUGUUGAUCAUAGCAGCAAAAAUGUGUCUUUUGGAUUGAAUUGCUUCCGAAAUGCCUCGAAUCAGAGAAGUCCAAUUGAUUGUGAGGAGUUUUAUUUGCAGAGAGGGCUGCCUUAUGAUGGCCCGGUGACCCCGACACCACCCAGCUCUUCCGGUGGGAAGAGCAACAGAAAUUGGAAGUAUAUUUUGAUAGGUGUUUUCGGGGGGCUUUUUUUUAUUGUCAUUUUGGUCCUUGUGAUUGUGCUGUGCAUGAUGAAAUGUGGAGCCCAGGAAGAUAAACGGAGGGAGAGCAGUGGGACUGCAGUCCCUUCUGGAGCACAGCCUUCUGCAGUAUCUGUGAAUUUGUCAGCCGUGGGGGAGGCCUACACCUAUGAGCAGUUGGUUCGGGCGACCGCAGACUUCAGUGACACGAACCUUAUCAAACAUGGGCACUCAGGGGAUCUCUACCAUGGUGUUUUGGAGAAUGCCAAUCCUGUGGUGGUGAAGAGGAUCAACAUGCGGACAGUCAGGAAAGAAGCUUAUGCCGUGGAACUGGAUUUGUUUGCCAGAGGUCUGCAUGAGAGGCUGGUGCCAUUCCUGGGGCACUGUUUGGAUAAUGAGAAUGAGAAGCUCCUGGUAUACAAAUAUGUACCUAAUGGUGACCUAUCGAAUGCACUGCAUAGGAAGUCGGGGCAGGAAGAAGAAGGACUGCAGUCAUUGGAUUGGAUUACGAGAUUGAAGAUUGCAAUAGGGGUGGCUGAAGCUUUGUGCUAUCUGCAUCAUGAGUGUACCCCACCUCUGGUUCAUAGAGAUGUUCAGGCAAGCAGUAUCCUUCUUGAUGAUAAGUUUGAAGUGCGGCUUGGAAGUUUAAGUGAGGUAUGCACUCAAGAAGGGGAAGGGCAUCAGAAUGUCAUCACCAGGAUAUUGAGAUUGUCACAGACAUCUGAACAAGGCAUUUCUGGUUCUUCUGCUGCAACAUGUGCCUAUGAUGUAUAUUGUGUGGGAAAGGUAUUACUUGAGCUAGUCACCGGUAAGCUCGGCAUUAGUGGGUCAACUGAUGCUGCAACAAAUGAGUGGAUCGAGCACACAUUGCGUUACAUCAGCAUUUAUGAGAAGGAGCUUGUCACCAAAAUUGUGGAUCCAUCUCUCAUUGUGGAUGAGGACCACUUGGAGGAAGUCUGGGCAAUGAGUAUUGUGGCAAAGUCCUGCCUGAACCCAAAACCCUCCAAACGCCCACUCAUGAGAUACAUCCUAAAAGCACUGGAGAACCCUCUGAAGGUGGUAAGGGAGGAGAACAAUUCUGGCUCAGCCAGGCUGAGAGCUACUUCCUCAAGGGGCUCUUGGAAUGCUGCUUUCUUCGGAAGUCGGCGCCAAAGCUCUGAUGUUGGCCCGCCGAAGGAGGAUCAGGUAUUAAAACGUUCAGGUACAUCGAGGUCCCAAGGGAGCGGCGGCGAUAACUCAUUCUCCCACAAGAGAGUAUCAAGGGAGAUCUUCCCAGAACCAUCCGGGGAAUGUGACAAUGAGGAUUGAAGAUGUUGGUUUUUUGUGAUUCUUUAUGUAAUAAUUUUUGGCAGGCUCCCCAUUCGAGUGCCUGCAUGCCGGCAUCUGAUCUGAAGUCCAUUAUCCUGCAAGCAUCAAGAUGGAGUGAGGCUGAUGGCUUGCAUUGAGAGCAAUUCUUUCUCUUUGCAUUGGUAUAUGAACUUGGUGGGCAAAGAGGUUUCCAUGGUGGUGGGCCAGAGUUGGUCUGCAGUUAUGUGUGGGCCUAUUGUUGGUCACAGUGAUAGAUGUGCCGAUGGUUCAUUGCUUGCAGUUUGUUUGGUUAUACGUGUCCUUUUUUCCCUGGAAAACAUCAAGCUGCAAUUUUUUCCUGUGUAAUCUAUCCUUCAUUGAUGGUCCUUUUGCGUAUCGUAAUUUGAAUGAAUGGCUUUCACA